AUGGCUGAACUGCUAAAAGAGGAAUUGAUUUCUGUUGGCUUGGAUUUAACGAAAUGUAUAGAAAAUUCUACUGAUGGAGCGUCCAAUAUGCGAGGAGUAUAUAAUGGUUUCACUUCACAUUUAAGUAAAUUAUCGCUUGAACAAGUUCAUGUGUUGUGUCAUAGUCACGUUUUAAAUCUUGUUAUUUGCGAUGCAACAAAAAAUCUUGUCCAAGUAGCAUCAUUUUUUACUUUAUUAAAUAGUUGUGCGGUAUUUUUCAAAGAAUCAUAUUUGAGGAUAGAUAUUUGGAAUGAAGUUAGCAAGACAAAUUCAGAUAACAGUCGAAAUAAGCGUCUUCGAACCAUUGGGGAAACUAGAUGGUCAUCAAAACAGACUGCUGUUGAGAGAAUUUUCGGAACAUUUGGAGAUACCAAAAGUUCUAUGUAUGUAGACUUGAUAAUUGCUUUCACUAAAGUUGUUCAAGGGGAAAAAUUUAAACCUGAUAUAAGAGCAAAAGCAAACAAUUAUUUAGAUUUACUAUUAAAGUAUGAGACUAUUUUGACAGCACACAUAUUUAUGAAUGUUUUUAGUAUAACGGGCCCACUAUCUAGAUAUCUACAAAUCAGUGGAUUAGACCUUCUGAAAUGUCAACAAAUGGUAAAAUCUGCACUGAGUCAAAUAGUUAAGUACCAAAAAGAUAUGGAAAAUAUUAUAGCUAAAAGUGAUUCAUUUGUCGAAUGGGUAAAUAAUCAACUAGAAUUGCAAGAUUUGGAUAAUGAAAUUUAUCUCCAAGAACAAUUCGAAAUCAAACGAUUAAGGAAAAAAAACGAAUGA